AUGACUCAGCUCAGCCCCGAGGCUCUCAACGAGCUCGCACGCCGCGAUGUCGCCACGCCCAUCACUGGCGAUGAACUUCAAACCGCCCUUGCCUCCCCACCUUUCGUCGACGGCGGCUUGAUCAACCUCCGCGACCUCGGCCUCGUCCCCAACUGCCCUAUUCCCGCGGGAAAGUUCUUCCGCUGCGGACAAAUCGUGGAGAGCGACCAGGCGAACCAGUGGAUCCGCGAUCAUGUGAAGGUCAUCGUUGACCUUCGCAAGGCGGGCGAGCGCAAGAGAAGUCCGGACCCCGAGAUUGAGGGUGUCGAUAACAUCUGGUACGACCCUGAGCAGGACGGCUGGAAGGCGCAGAAGCUUCUGAUUGAGGACUUUGAGCGUGAGAACGGCUCAGCCAUCGGCUGGGCUGAGCAAUAUGUCCUCGUUUUGCGGUACUACCACCGUACCUUCCGCGCCGCCCUCGAGCACAUCAGGGACCACCCGGAGGACCCCAUGCUGUUCCACUGCUCUGCCGGGCGCGACCGCACCGGCAUCUUCGCGUGGAUCCUGGAGUAUCUCGCCGGAACUCCCGAGAAGGAUAGGACGUUCGAUUACCUGUUGACCCGUAUUGGCAUCGAGCCCGCGCGCCUCAUGUUUGAGAACCACUUCAAGACCAGCUGGGGCAUCACCGACCUGACGAAUAAGGGCUAUCUGAAUGCCAUGACGCUUUCGCCGGACUGCUUCACCCUUGUCACGGAGGAGGUCACCAAGGAGUACGGCGGGUGGGACGAGUACCUGGAGAAGAAGCUUGGGUUCUCCAAGGAGGACCUCGACAAGAUCAGGGCGAACCUGACGAAGUAG